ACUUUAAUAUUCUAUAUUUGUAACAUGCAUGUUCGUUUCAUCUAAUCUUUCAUCUUCCAUAGGUUCUUCCUUCUUCUCUUCUUCUUACAGCUCUGUAAUUUGUCUCCAUCUCAACGUGUCCAUGUGGUCUCUUAUCUCAUUACCUCUCUCUCUGUCCUUAAAUUUUUCUUUUUAUAUAACUGUUAUCCUCAACUUAACUUUCUGAACCUUCAUUUCUAUCUCCCUCUCUCUCUCUUGCUCUUUCUCAAAGUCCACUUGCUCUAGCUUACACGUUGCUUUGUCUCUCACUUCAUCAUUCUAGCUCCUUUGUUAUACAUAGUACGGUAUCAUGGUAUCAGCGGACACGGCGACAUUGGCGGAGGCUAAGAUGGUUUUCAUGACGGAGGCGUCGCCACCGUCUUCAGGACCACGUAUCUCCUUCUCAGCGGAUUUGUCAUCAUCAGAUAGUGAUGGAGAUUACAUCUGUAUCAACCCUGCGAACCUCAUUGUUGGUAAAGAGGAAAAAGACAAGAACUUUUUGAAAGCCGGAGACUUUGAGUUUCUGUCUGAAAAUGUAACGAAUAACCAAACGAUGCUUACCGCCGACGAGUUGUUCUGUGAAGGCAAGUUACUUCCUUUCUGGCAGGUUAAGCAUUCAGAGAAGCUUAAAAACGUUACCUUGAAAACAAAAGUAGAAGUCGAAGAAGAAGAUCUUAAAGUAGUGAGAGAGGAGGUUGUUCAUAACAACAAGGAGCAAGAGAACAACAACAACAACAACAACAACAACAACAGAGGAAGCUGGUUUCUUGACGACGACCCUUCUCCACGUCCACCAAAGUGCACUGUGCUGUGGAAAGAGCUUUUGCGGCUGAAGAAACAGAGGACCACCACGACGACGGUUUCUUCAACGAGGGUAUCAUCUCUCUCGCCGUCUUCAUCUUCGAGCUCGACAUCGUCUUCUUCGAGUUCGAUUGGGGAUGCGGUGAAGAAGGAAGAGAGGGAGAAAGAAGGGAAAAGAGGUAAAAAAGGGUUAGAGAGGACGAGAUCUGUGACUAUGAGGAUAAGACCGAUGAUUCAUGUUCCUGUCUGCACUCCUUCCAAGUCCUCUGCUCCAUUGCCUCCUCUGUUUCCCCUUAGGCUACAGAAAAACAGAGUAGAGAGACGAACUUGAUGAACAAAACAUCUUGUGGCUUAUCUUUAUCCUUCCUUUUGUGAUUAGAUGUAUCUUUGUGAUUGAGAUCUGAGGUGUGACAGUGUAAAUGUUGAACAUUUUCAUACCCGAAAACAAUAAAGAAAAAUCUCAUUAUUGAAUACACCCAUUUUAAUGCU